CGUGAAAUUUCUUCUCAACAGUAUGUAUCUCUUUCCCUACGGAGGCUGAUCAUACGUCGCUUAAUUUCACCUAGUAGGAUUUAAUUCUUCUCACAGACACCUCGAGACCGGCACGUGUGUGGCAAAAUCCGUAAGGUGCGCGUAAAAAAACAAAAAUCCGAUCGCGAAGGACACGCGAUUCUGUUCGGUCGAGUGAAAAGAGAUGGAUGGUUGGCUGUGAUUUGUGGUGUAUUGGUGUUUUGAGGAAUUUAAAUAACCCGAGUUUUUGUUAAGGUACGGCCGACUGAACGUCCUACGUUGGUUGCUGUGGGAAGCACAGACCCACAACGAGAUGCCGGCCCUGGAGCGGUCUACUACGAAUGUAACGCUGGCGCUUCACUAUGCUGCCGCCAGAGGGUGCUUGGAUUGCGUUAAGUUGCUGGUGGAUACGUCGCCAGAGUUGAGUGCCAAUACCCAGAUGGACAACGAUGUGACGCCAGUGUAUCUGGCAGCCCAAGAAGGCCAUUUAGAUGUUCUCAAAUUCCUCGUGUUAGAAGCUGGUGGUUCUCUCUACGUCCGUGCCAAAGAUGGAAUGGCUCCUAUUCAUGCAGCUAGUCAGAUGGGGUGCUUGAAUUGUGUCAAAUGGAUGAUUCAAGAUCAAGGGGUCGACCCGAAUCUUCGUGAUGGUGAUGGUGCCACCCCACUUCAUUUUGCUGCUUCUAGAGGUCAUCUUACCACUGUGAGAUGGUUGCUCAAGCAUGGUGCUCGGCUUUCUCUAGACAAAUACGGAAAGAGUCCUAUAAAUGAUGCUGCAGAGAAUCAACAGGUGGAAUGUUUGAAUGUGCUGGUGCAACAUGGAACUAAUGUGGAUUAUAAGGAAAGUGAACGACAUUCUAAACAUGGAUGUUCAUGCACCAAGAAGAGUGGAGCUGUGAAAAGGGUACACCACACCCUGAACAUGCCAAAUGGUGAUUGCUCCUGUUGCAAGCCUUCUCACGGGGUGAACGGAACCGAAAACCGGGAUAGCAACACAAGAACUGAUGAGAACGUUUAUUCUAACGGCAACGAAUGCAGUUCCAACAGUUCAAAAUCAGAACCGUUCUACCUGCAUCCACCAGUGGAAAAUAGGCUAGUGGAGGCUCCUCAUGCACCUCAAGACGGGCUCUACAUCAACCCGAUGAACAGCCAUCGGCAAAGUGCUUCGAGUAUAUCUGAAAGCUGUUCCAGUGGAAGCAUCAAUGGUGAAUCCUUCUAUCUCCAUAACCCACAAGAAGUUAUCUACAACAGAGUGAAGGAUCUAUUUCAGGAACAGAAUCAUAAGCAGCAGAAUAAGAAACAUCUCUCUGCCCUCACUGUGAAAGUCGAAGUUCACUCCAGCAGCAGUGGAGCCGGGUCAGACGGGAACCUCAGCUCGUCAGAUAUAUCAGAGAGGUCAGGUGACCACGACCACGAAUACGAGGACAUCUACAUGGUACGCGAGGAGACGUUGAAUCAGGACUCGCAGAGGAAUCCUGCAGCUUCAGAAAAGACCAUGGGAACGCAAAGGUCUCGAUCUAGAGACAGCGGAUCGCACAGUAGAUCUGGUUCAGCCAGUUCUUCAAAUUCAGGUUGUAACGUGAUAUUAAAGGUUUCACCCACGACAAACGGCGAUGCAUCCAAAAAAGAGAAAAAGGAAAUCGGUAAACUCAAUGAGUUUCUUCCAAAGCCCCAGAAGUACGAAAAAGCGGACAAGGUUAAGGCUAAGAAGGAUUGGAAUGAGAGUGGCCUGAGUUCCUCACCUUCUGUUCUGAGUUCAGAAGAAGAGGUCGAGAAAACUAAGCUUGGUGUACGUCAUUCCGUACCUGCCAAUACGACCGCAACAGUCAAGAGUGAAACACAAGACAGCAAAAUAUUGAAGAGGGUGACAUCAGUACCAGUCAUCUCUCCACCUCCCCCUCCACCACCACCUCCAACCAACAACGUCAAAUUGAUGAAAGCAAGAAGUGUUAUAGAAGAUGACGAACCAAGAGGUGCUGAAAUCGUAGAGGUUGUAGAGGAACCCACCGUCAGACCUUCGGAUGUUGUUAAAGGGAUGGUUAGAAGUAUAUCUGCCUUAUCCUCUCGCCGUUUGAACUCCUCCUGCUCGGACCUGACCAUAGUCAGUUUGGGCACGGAUACCGAUGAGAGAUCGUCCCUGUCGGGUCCCAACCUGGUGAACAAGCAGCGCGUGCUACCCUUCGUGCCUCCCACCUUCCCAGGCAUCAGCCCUAACUCCAACCACCUGAUCAAGCCUUCGGAGUACUUGCGCAGCAUCAGCGACAAAACUUCUCUGACCGGCAGCAUGAGAAGCAAGUCGGAGAGCGAGGACACCUUCCCCGUGGUGUUGGAGGAACAAAGGGUUGGAGGACCUCCACCACCUCCACCUCCUGCUCCGAAGUUCGAAGACCACCACGAGAGGGAAGAGAGAGACAAUGAGAGGAAAAAGGGCUUGCAACCUUUGUCGGCUAUCAGCAUCCAGGAUUUGAACUCCGUGCAGUUAAGGAGGACGGAUAAGAUGGUGGCGUCGAAGACUUUUUCGGCGCCUACGAGGUCGGUGAGUCUGCAGAGUUUACAGUGCGAGCCUUUCUUGGCUGCCAAGACGGAUCUUAUUGCGGAGUUAAAGAUGUCGAAGAAUAUCCAUGGGAUAAAGAAGAUGAAGUUGGAGCGUGCUAAGAAUGAGGUGUGUAGGGAGAAGGAGCUAUAUUCGGAGAUAUCGAGGCAGUUUUCUGCUACGAAUUUCGUCGAGAAAAUUCCUGACAAGGAUAACACCGGAAAUUUGAUACCAGCAUGGAAACGUCAAAUGUUGGCAAAGAAGGCAGCAGAAAAAGCGAAGAAGGAAUUAGAAGAACAACUUCUAAGAGAAGCAGAAGCGAAAAGACUCCAAUCGAUACCCCAAUGGAAAAGACAACUUAUGGCGAAGAAAGAAGAAACAGAUAAUAAAAUAAAGUCUACAAUUUACACACCAAAAGUGGUAGAUAAGACACAAGAGAACCACCCUGCAGCCCAUGAAAACCACGACGCGAUGUCAAACAAUGAAAAUAACAACUACAAGAACAAGGAAGAACAAAUGAAAGAAGACUUGAAUAACAACAACAUAGAAAAUAGUAAAAAUAUGGAAAAUAUGAACACAUCUUCAUUAGAUUCGAAAGAACAAUCGGAUGAAGAAGCCAACAUUAUUCCUUGGAGGGCGCACUUGAGGAAAACAAAUAGUAAAUUGAAUCUCUUGGAUUGAGAGUUCAAUCAUAUAUUAUAUACAUAUUUAUUAUCGGUUAAAUCGCUUGGAUGUGAAUUUUGAAAAUUCUCAUCAUCAAAGAACGGUCACAUACUGCUGAUGAUUUGCGAUGUAAAGAAUUUCAGAGCUUUAGAAGUAUCAAUGAAGCAACAAAUUUUUCGUAUAUUGGCUUUAUUUUGUUCGCCUUGAUUAGAAUUGGCUCAAUCAGGAGUGUUGAAAAUCUGUUUUACAAAUAACGCAAAUUGGUAAUUCGCUCUUUUUCGUAUUUUGGUCCUUCACCUCUGAUUAAAUGUACCUUCGUUACCUUAGGUAUCUGAUUAGUAUUCCACUAGGACUCAACCCUCUAAAAUGCUUCAGAAUUCAAUGAGUACCUAUAAUUUGCUAAAUUGAGCAUAUGUGACCGAGCUGUAUAUCAACCAUAAAAAGUUUGCUAUCGGUGGACUUUAGGGAAUGCUGUGAAUAUGCCUUAUGUAUUUCCUUAAAUUAUUCAAUAUAGGUAGUUGCUAAGAACAAUUUUGUUUUUCUAUUUUCAUCAAAAAACCAUCCAUGAAUAGAAAUCGAAGAUGAGACAAAAUUCGAUCAAUAAACAGGUAUUUUCGAAAUUAAUCAACAUGUAGAAUCUGAUAAAUUUAAUAUGAAAGUAACCUGUUUUUUUCUUGGAAACUGUUCGCAAAAUAAAGUUUCACCUGAGUAGAACUUCGAGUUACAUCCACUCUCUUUUAUAUUAUUCCAAAAAAAUAAUAUGAAUCAAUAUAAGAGCUUGAAUUUUUAAAAAGCAGCUUUAAAAAAUUUAAAAAUAAACAAAACAAAUUAUUAAAAAAAUUUAUAUGAAAAACUAUAGGUCGCCAACAAAAUAAAUCAAAAUUCCAAACUUCUCAUCGAUUUUUUUUCUUAUGGAUUAUUCUUUCUACUCAAAUAAUAAGGAAUUUGCCACACUGUAGAAACGGUGUAAAUAAGAACUGAAUUUAUUAAGAUAGUUCACACCUAAAUUACAUGUUGCUAUUUGGAUUUGUUAUAUCUCUGUAUGAAUUUUUUAUUUCCUUUGGUGCUAUUCAACUAUUCCCAAUAACUUUGUACUUUAAUUUUGUAUCUAUUAUAUUGUAUGUAUUUAAAAAACGUCAAUUUAUUGUGAUUUCCAUAGAUAAUCAUAGCUUGUUUAUAUUAUCAUUAUUGUUGCUAAGUGAGAAUAGAAUGUAUGAUAUUGAGUGAAUGUUUUUCGUUGUGUAAAUAUGUAGACGUGUGAAAAUUCAUGAUCCAUCCAUAUUUCACCUGUGUUAUGUUAUGAACUACAUUUAAGUUCCGAAUUUGUUAUUCAGUAAUUGAAAUUUGUUGAAAUUUGCUGAUAUUUCGGUGGAGGCAGACCAAUAUUCCUAGAUUCAAACACAACUUUGUAUCACGUUUAUAUGCUGAAUAAAUAUUUAAGAAGA